AUGGAUAACGAAACGGCAAUUCGACUUAUUGAAAUAUAUGGUUCAUUUAAUGCAUUAUGGGACACCAGGCGCAAAGAAUAUCAUAACAAUAAUUUAAGAGAAGACAUGUGGGAUGAAAUCGCAAAAAAUUUCGAGCAACCGAAAGCAGUUCUAAAAACCAAAAUGAAAAGUCUUUUAAGCUCAUACAGAAGGGAGAGAAACAGAGAAAAAACGAGUAACAUUACUGGUUCGGAUAGAAACAAGGCCUACAAGUCUAAAUGGUUUGCCUACGAAUCUUUCCACUUUUUGCAUGAUAGGGGUAAUCCUAUUGACACAGUGGAUUGUGGCUCAUCGUCGCAGUCACAUAAUACAGAACAAGGAGCUACAGAACAAGGCGCUACAGAACAAGGCGCUACAGAACAAAGCGCUACAGAACAAGGCACUUCAGAACAAGGCGCUACAGAACAAAGCGCUACAGAACAAGGCACUUCAGAACUAAAUAUGACUAACAUGAAUACUGCAUCUACGAUUCCAACUAAAAGGAAGCCAACAAAGAGAACACACGAAGAUCCGGAGUAUGAUGCCGAGAAUAAAAUGUUAGAAGAUGCAUUGGAAGAAAUGCGAAAACAAAGCGAUAACAGCAACGAUUUAUACGUUGCUUUUGGCAUGCACGUAGCGGCAGAGUUGAGAAAAUACGAUCCCAUAACCUUAGCAAGAGUAAAACAUUCCAUAAAUACUAUAAUAUUUGACGCUGAUAUGGCAUGUAUAAACCAACUCAAUCAGUCUACAAUUCAAGAAAACGAUGAAAGAAGACCAGAUACUGUAACUGUCAAUAGCACAACGGGGAAUGUAACUACAGAAAAUGAAGAUGGUAACACAGCUAUGCAAAAUGAAGAAACACUUCCAUCAAAUACUUCAUGGGCACCAAAGAGAAACAAGAAAAAUAAUAGUGAUGAUCUUAUCGGUAGAGAGUUAGUCGGGGCCUUGAAUAGAAAUUUAGAAAGAAAGAGUGUUGAAGAUGACGAGGAUCGCCUCUUUUUCUUGUCUCUAGUAAAAGAAUUUAAAAAAAUUCCAGAACAUAUGCAAUUGCAAAGUAAAUUAGAUAUUUUAAAGGUAAUUAAAGAUGCGCAGAUUUUCAAUUAUUCGAAUUUUUAUCCAAGGCCUAAUUCUUACCGGGGAUAUCAAACGUCACAUUAUUCUGGUAAUAGUCCCUAUUCUCACCGUACAAACUUCUCGGAGGUUGGACGAGGGAAUACCCAUCAUGGAUAUCAAACGGCACAGUAUUCAGGAAGUAAUGUCUACACGCAGCCUGUGCAGUCUUUGCAGUUUGGACGAGACACGUCUCAAGAAAUUGUGAGGAAUCCGACGAAUGCACAAUCGCCAAUUUCCGAAAAAUCUCAGGAGAGUGAUUAUAUGGAACUUUUUAAUUCCAUCACUGACGAUGAUGCU